AUGGCAUCAAACAACCUCCCAGCGGGAGCGUUCUUCACAUCGAUCGAGGGGAGGAAAUGUACGGCAAUACCCAAGGUGGCAGUUGCGUCGCCCGACGUGAACACGCCAGCCCCCGUUCAGACGACACCGCCGCCAGCCAUCAUCGAGGUCCAGCCGACGCCGACGCCCGAGCCAGCACCAGCCGAGACGACAGCAGUGGUAGUGGUAGGGGCAGGAGACAACAGAGCAGAUCCUGCUGCCAACGAUGGCAAUGAAGUAGAGCAAGAGAUUGUUGCUCCAAGUACGACGAGCUCCCCCCCGGCUGUCAUCGACUCACCCAUCAUCACACCUCCCAGCCCAGCGCCAGAAUCGGUGCAAGUGGUACAGGCACCAGCCGAGAUCUCUCCGCCGCCGGUGGGCCCCCCGCCGCCGGUGUCAUCGUUGUCUCCUCUGCCUAUUGUACUCCAGCCUGAUGCUGGCGCUAAUCUCCAGUCCUUCACUGUCAUUGCAGAACCUGCCCCGUCUCAGCAGUUCAUGGUUGAGCCGUCUGCCACGCGGAACAGUCAGACUGAUAACAGAGUAAUAGCCUCUUCUACCAAUGCGCUGCCAGGGUCUUCGGAGACGGACAGUUCGGAUUCUCUAUCGCCUCCCCCGGGAGUCUUUCCUGAUGGGGGCCCAGCAGCAACACCGGUCUCGCCCACCAUUGGGGGCGUGCCGCCUCAGGGCACGGCUGGUGGUGGAGCCUUUCCCGAUACCGACAUGACAGCAGGUUCAUCAGGAGCUUCCAACAGCAACGCAGUGCAAUCAACCUUGGCCGUGGCAGGAGGUGUCAUCGGAGGUGUGGUUGCCCUUAGCAUACUGGCCUUCUUCUUCUGGUGGUGGAGGCGUCGGAUGCUCAGGAAAAGACGGAGCACUCUUCUGACUCCGCUCGAUGCGACCUCCUUUGACAGAAACGAAAAAGGGGGCCCCUAUAUCAUCCAGCGAGGGAGCAUCGGUCCAACCCCAGUGAGCGAGAAAGUCAAGGCGGCCCUGGGGAUCAACUUCAACAAGUUCCGCGUCCACGUCAGAAACAAGACAGGAGGAGGCAGCAGCGCGCACUCGGUCAACCUGGACCGGGGCACGUCGCAGUUCAUCGACGCGAACGACAUCGCCCACAGCAGGAACGGCUCAGCAGGAGUCAACACCCGCGGAGGUGAAGCAUCAGCCAGAGACCGAUUCGUCGACUUCUUCUCCCGGAUGAAACCCGAUAUUGGCUUCAAGAACCGAGACCCGGCAAGUGACAACCUAGCAGCGAUGGGCAACUACAACGCCACCGCGGAGAAGAACGCCAUGGCCAACAACCUGCCUGGCCAAAACCAACAACAACCCGACUUUCUGACCCUGCUAGGAAUGGACGAAUCCGAACUCGACCACGAAGCCCAACGCCGCCGCGGGUCACUGUCGCGCAACAACCGGAGGAGCACCUCUAGCACAGAUCACUUCCUCUCCGGACUCAACCUCUUUUCUUCCUCCACCUCCCAAAACAACAACAACAACAACAACAACAACAACAACAACAACAACGACGCCAACGCCGUCACCCUCCCUCCCCGCUCCUCAGCCCAACCCCCGCCGUUGAACCCCUUCUCCGACGCCAACGCCAUAGGCAAACCAACAACCUACAUAUCCGACAUCCGCCGCUCCCGAGGCCAAUCUUUUACCACCACCGGCGGUCCCCCCCGCCAACAAUCAACCCUCUACCGCGACAGCCUCCGUGACUCCUUCACCACCACAGUAACAACAACCACCAUCCCGGGCCGCAACAAAUUCCGCUCUGACCCCUUUGACCUUGAAAGGCCAGAGUUCCUCGGCAUGGGGAAUAUACCCCCUCCUAUCCUGAUUGAAGGGAAAAAGGCGAGCAUUAUUUCGUCUACGGCAGGGACGGUGGGGACAGGGAGCGUGAGUGGGAGUGUGGUUAUUAGGAAGCCACAGUCGGCGGUGGUGGUGAAAAGGGGCCAGAGGGCGGAGAGCUUUUCGAGCAAGUACUCUAGUGGGGUGAGUAGUUUGGGGGGGUUUGAGGAAGGUGGGGGGUGGAGUGAUCCCGGGCCGGAUGUUGGGCCGGCGGUUGUGGCUAGGGGUGGGAGUCCGACUACUGGGACGGGUGGAUGGAGGCAUGAGGAGGAGGGGGUGAUGGAGGGGAUUAGGAGGGUGGGGACUGGGGGGAGUGGGAGGAGUGUUGGGAAGGCGAUGUAG